GCCAGUCCCGGCAGUGCCAGUCCUGGCUCGCUCGCCCAUCCUCCUGUGCUUCUCUGCCCUUUGUGCCCGCUGCCCUGCCCCCUGUUCGCCCCGCCGCCCGCACCCGGAUUAUGAUCAUUCUGUGCCCGGCUUCUACACAGUUUUCUAUGGAAAACCAAGGGAAAUGGGCCAUGCUUGCCGGAAGCAGUUUCCAGGAAAGAGACACUUUUAGAGAAGCCUGAUAUCUCUGCCCGCCCACCCAGCCACCCAGCCAGCCAGCCAGCCAGCCAGCCAGCCAGCCAGCGGGGGCCCGCUGCACCAGGACUCAGGCAGAGUUCGUCUCGCUCGACUUGGGCACCUUCACCGGGGCAUCCGCAUCCGGGGGCCGCCCAUCCACCCGCCCGCAGCAUGGUCGGCUUCAAGCCCACAGAUGUGCCCCCGACGGCCACGGUCAAGUUCCUGUCGGCUGGCACGGCCGCCUGCAUCGCCGACCUCAUCACCUUCCCCCUGGACACGGCCAAGGUUCGGCUGCAGGUCCAAGGGGAGAGCCAGGGUCCCUCGCGGAUCCCCGCUGGCCCACGGUAUCGGGGCGUCCUGGGCACCAUCCUGACCAUGGCAAGGACCGAGGGCCCGGGCAGCCUGUACAGCGGGCUGGCGGCCGGCCUCCAGCGCCAGAUGAGCUUCGCCUCUGUCCGCAUCGGCCUCUACGACUCGGUCAAGCAGUUCUACACCAAGGGCUCUGAGCACGCGGGCGUCGGGAGUCGGCUCCUGGCGGGCUGCACCACGGGGGCGCUGGCCGUCGGCGUGGCGCAGCCCACGGACGUGGUGAAGGUGCGCUUCCAGGCUCAGGCUCGGGCGGCUGGCAGCCGGCGCUACCAGGGCACCGUGGACGCCUACAAGACCAUCGCCCGGGAAGAGGGCCUACGGGGCCUCUGGAAAGGGACAUCACCCAACGUCGCCCGGAACGCCAUCGUCAACUGUGCUGAGUUGGUGACCUACGACCUCAUCAAGGAUGCCCUUCUGAAUGCCGGCCUCAUGACGGAUGACCUUCCCUGCCACCUGACCUCUGCCUUCGGGGCCGGCUUCUGCACCACCAUCAUUGCUUCCCCCGUGGACGUGGUCAAGACGAGAUAUAUGAACUCGGCCUCGGGCCGGUACGGCGGCGCCGUGCACUGCGCCCUCACCAUGCUGCGGAAGGAAGGGCCCCGGGCCUUCUACAAGGGGUUCAUGCCCUCCUUCCUCCGUCUUGGCUCCUGGAACGUGGUCAUGUUUGUCACCUACGAGCAGCUGAAACGUGCCAUCAUGGCUGCCCGCACUGCCUCCGUGGCCCCCUGCUGAGAGCUGGCUGCCCCUAGCUUCCCCCCCCCGCCGCUCCCCCUGCCCAUUCACUGUUCCCUCAUCCUCAUCUCCCACGGCCCCCUCCCGCCAUCCCUCCUCAGCUGAGCCUUCCAUCCCUACUCUGGCCCCAGGCCCUUCCAUUUUCCUCUACUUCCUUUCAUCUUCCCCUUCCUCCUCUCCCGGCCUCCGAGCAGCAUCCCCCAGCCCCCCAAUAAAGCUGAACCCUG